CUCGUGGCGCGCGAGGCCGCGAGGUUUAUCAGCGAACGAGCUCCGAACGAGUUGCUCGCUGGCUACUGUCCCGUAGGAGGCUGACCCGUGUGUUUUUCUUUCAGCGGUUUUCGUUGUGCGUUGAUGUGGUCUGCUGAGCCGGGCUUGAAACCCGCGUCGUCGGCAGGUGUUCGGGAGUCCGCGGGAGAGUCGGCAAUUGCGCGCUGCUCGCCAUGUCACGUCGCUUGAAGACACCCGGGUGGUAGUGCUGAAGCGGAGAGUUGCUGCCUGAUGGAUCGGGCGUUGAUUCAGGGCAUCAAGCGUCUUCGAGUGUUGACCCCGUAUGACUAUGACAACAUGGACGAGCUUGUCCAGGAUCUGACCAGCGCCCUCGAGGAGUCCUCCUCCUCUGCUCAGCGACACCGCUGCCAGCGACACCCGCGGCCACCACAGCGCAAGUGGUGGUCCAAGAAGACCCUCUUGCCCCCCUCGGACGGCGAUGUUGCACGCCUGCAAGGGGCCGUGUCAUCCUCGACGACAUGCCAGACUACCCGUUCCGUGAGCGCUGUGUCCGGAGACGACUCCGAGUCCAGCCUGGAGGGACGUGCCAUGCCUCGUAUGCUGGACGCUCCCCAGAGUGACUCGGAUGACCUGCUCCAGCGACUGUGCGCAUGGCGCCACCGGCAGGCCAAUGCGGCCGAAUCAGACUCGCUCAACGAGAACUGCCUGCCCACAGCAGCACGGCCACAGAGGCGCAAGCGAAAGCUGAAGCGCAUGGCCGUCGACCUGGAACCACCGUCUGGGGACUCGUCCCAAGGAUUACCGGACAUCAACAAGCCAGUGCCGUCCUCUCAGCUGAAGGCUGCCUCACCCGAUGGUGCCGCCAAGUGCACGGCAGGAGGAUCGCAGCAGCUCUGUGGUCCCCCAGCUGCGAGAGCAGCUGCGGGCAGCCUGUGUGGCAAGCGCAAGCGCAGCAUGCGCGAACGGAGCCUCGAGUCAGUCGGCCACCGGCGAUCCUCCGAGUGCUGCGAUGACAUGGACCUGGAGGAAGCCAAGCCUCACCACGGCGAGACCAGUAGUAGCAGCCUGAGCAGCAGCGAGAGUGACGCUGGCAUCCUGACAAACGACGAAGGCCGUGAAGGGGACGAUGAGCAGAGUGACUUCUUCCACGAGGGCGGACCGAGCUGCUGGUGGGACGAACUUGACGGGGAGCUGGACGCCCGCUUUCAAGCCAUCCUGGCUGGAAGCCUCAAGCACAUGUCGCCUGCCGCCCGCCGAGCCUACCACAAUAAUGCCAAGGUGGAGAGUCUUUUUUACACGGGAACAACAGACAAAUAAGGCCCACAUUCACAA